GUCGGCUUGUCUUUCGUUUCAUCCUCAUCAACCCCCAGCGUCACCCAACAUGGUAACCGCAGCUGCUGUCGCUGCGUCUUCAGGCGUAGCACCGGCAGCAGCAGCAGCAGCACGAGCUGGCAAGACAUCGAUCAAAUGCUCACUGCGCACCACCACGCCACGUCGCGCCUAUCAUGCUACCCCGCAACGUUGCGUCGCAGCCUCGUCGUCCUCCUCGUCUUCAUCCUCCUCUCGCGACCCUCUGGAUCGGCCGCAGAAAGACUCAGACCUCAGUUUCGGUGGUGGUUCAUCAUCGAAGGGAGGCCCGCCAUCGCGAGAUGGACAAGCAUAUACUGGCAGCUCGAGCACUUCGAGGGGAGGCUCAAGUAGCCAAAGUAGUGGCAGCACCACCAGUAGUACCAGUGGCAGCGCCUCAUCGCCACGUCGCAACCCGCUCAAUGGCACACCACCACCCACAUCCAUCCUCAUCAGCGGAUCUGCGGGCAAAGGCGCCGUACCAGGGUAUGGCAAACGCAGGAGGGCAGGAGGACUUCCUGAUCAGAGUAGGACAGCUACGAGGGAGAGAGAUGAUGAGAUUGUCAGAGGGUAUGAGCAUACUUACGCUCCCACAAUGCGUUCGCCAAGAGCAAUGCCACAUCAUACCUACUUCUCCUCGCCUUCGACGUCCUUCAACUCAGCUGCAUCCGUGUCGCCCUCGGGGAGCAGCUUUGGCGAGUCGCGAGUCACGACUGCAUUGAGACCAAAGAAGACGGCCCUCAUCUUCCCCGGGCAAGGCUCACAAUACGUAGCCAUGUGUCGCGACAUCUAUCGCUCCUUCCGCUCAGCACGUUCCGUCUGGCACACGGCAGAAGAGGCUCUGGUCAGCCCGCUCCUCCCCAGCAGCAGCCCCUUUGGCCGCGGGCAUCCCUCUACCAUUGACGAUGGGGAGCGAGGCAAUGCACGCCACUCCAGUCUAGGCUACAUUCCCGGCCGAGGGCAGGAACGUGCCCAGAGCGAGCAGCAGCGUCGCACCUUUGAGGAGGAACUUGCAAAGAGCCAUAAGUGGGACGAGCGUCGCAGUGCGAACCCGCGAGGCCGGCGAGGCUGGUUGAGAGACACCGUCUUCUUUGGUGACCAGCUCGACCUCACGAGGGCGGAGAACGCGCAGCCGUCCAUCCUCGUCGCUACACUUUCCAUCCUUGCCGUGCUGCGCAAGGAGUUCAGCCUCGAUGUCGUCUCCAGCCAGGUGACGCACGCAUCGGGACACGGCUCAGGCAUCUAUGCUGCUCUCGUCGGCUCUGGAGCGUUGGAUAUGAUUGACGCAGUCCGACUGCUGAGGCAUCGCGGUCUCCUCUCAAGCCAACACGUAGCAAAUCAUCCCAUCCUUUUCCCACCAGGCUGUACACGGCCCGAGUCCGUCUACGAGACGUGGGCCUUCGCGAACGCAGGCUCAGGCAAAGGUGCUGAGCUACUCAACGAGAUGCAAGAAACAGGCGGGGUGCCUCCCACGUCAGCCGCAACGGAUGGGGACGUAGUUCGUCAAGAGGUCGGCAACCAAGACAAGAAGGGCUGGCUGCGCACGGUCCGCGGAUGGAAGAGAACCCAAAUGAGCGGCGUCAUGGUCCGCCCUGGCCUGCUGCCUCAGGUGUUGGAGGAGGUGCAAAAAGUCCAAGCAGCAAUCCAUUCCGGCUCCAUCCCGAACGUAGCGCAAGACGAGGUAGUCGAGGUGGCCAACAUCAAUUCUUCCCUUCAGGUCGUCCUCUCCGGUACGCGCGUUGGCGUCUCCCUCGCGUGCGACACGCUACGCAAUGCCAACCUGGGGGCACGAGCCGUCAACCUGCCCGUGUCUGGUCCAUACCACUCAAGCAUAAUGCAAGGGGCUGUUCUUGGUCCUGCGCUUGCCAAUCUGCCGCUUCGCGCGCCAGAUGAAGGGAUGACCUUGGUGUCUUCGGUGGAUGGUAGCGUACUAAGGACGGCAGAUGAGGUCAGGCAGGACUUGACUGGCGCAUUGGCUAAGCCUGUGCGCUGGUUAGACUCAGUGGAGCGGUUGAGGAGCUUGGGUGUCGAGCGUUUCAUCUGCUUGGGGCCUGGACGCUCGUGUGCCCACCUCCUUUCCCGCGAGCUUGGCUACCAGGAGAGGAUGGAAAAGGCUCGCGAGAGGGCGGCGGCUGAGGAUGCUCAGGAGUCGACAGUGAGUGGCGGCAAUAACGCCUCCCUGGCGUCACGCACGGCUAGUGGCGAAAAGCCCGAGUACGAGGUCUGGAGCGUGGCGACUGUUGAGGAUAUUGAGACGCUGAGCAGCAUGCUGAGCAAUAUCAGCGAUAGGAGUGGGCAGGAGGAGGUCGCGUCGGCGAUGGAGGCUGACAGGAGGAGGGGUGGGGUCGAUCGCGGAAUGCUAGCUGUUUGAGCCAGGGACGGAACGAAGGACAGACGAGCAGAUCGUGGAGAUGGCUCGGUGAAUUGUUGAUGUCGACGUCGCGGCUCGCUUGUUGUACAUUGCUUGGUUUCUCUCUUGCCCUUCAUUGUGGGUAUCACAAUCAUUGCUCUGCGCCUAACUGUUCGUGCCACUAAACCGCAGACGUCGAGCGACUCCAUUACUCGUCCUUGACGCACAGCUGCUCCUCCUUGCUUCGACCUCCUG